UACAUGCCCUUGACCGGAAUCGAACCUGGGACCUUUCAAUCUGCAGGCCGACACUCUAUCCACUGAGCCAAACCAGUUUUGGCUGUUUUGCUUUUUAAAAACCUGGCAUGAAUUGCAUUUAUUGAGAUGGUCACUGAGAGCCUCCUCUGAGGCCAUCCCUGAGUUCAAGGCUCUCCUUUUGCUGAAACUGCCUUACGUAAUGACUGGUUUAGCUCCUUGGUCACUGGACCCCUUGACUGCAGUUUGAUGGUACCCGGUUGAUGCCAAGUUAUGCCAAACAGUGCCCAGUUUAGGCCAGGAUCUGCCCAGCUGUGCCCGCUUCCCUGUGGUGUGUGCUCUGGUUGACUGCCCUUUGACCUCUCUGGGGAGCCAUCAGUGUGUGUGGAGGGAGGGGGGGUGGAUAUAUAUACUGCUGGAACCUUAUCCUGGGGUCCCUGGUUCCUUUCACCUUCCAGCAUUCAUCUUAAUUACGGGGCAUGCGAGCCACCGAGGAAGAGACCCAAAUCCCAAAGGGAAACCCCGGGCCUGAGCCAGGAUGCUGAAACUCCUGGUGUUUGAAGCCAGGUGGUUGGCCCUAGACAAGUCAUGUCUUGGCAAAUUAGCCCUGAACAGCUACCAGAUGCAGGUCUUCCUGGCCUCUUCCCAUGCCCUAGUGCCUAGGUCAGUGGUUGGCAAACCGCAGCUCGCGAGCCACAUGCGGCUCUCUGGCCCCUUGAGUGUGGCUCUUCCACAAACUACCACGACCUGGGCGAGUCUGUGUUGAAGAAGUGGUGUUAGAAGAAGUUUAAGUUUAAAAAAUGUGGCUCUCAAAAGAAAUGUCAACUGUUGUACUGUUGAUAUUUGGCUCUGUGGACUAAUGAGUUUGCCCACCACUGGCCUAGGUCUUACUAAGACAUUUUCUUAAAGAUUUCUUUCCCGGUGUUUUCUCCCUCUCAGCCGUGUGCAUGGUGUCGCUCCCUCUGAUUGCCCCCCGUGUAAGUGCAGAGCGAGUUCAUGGGGUAGACCCAGGCGAGGGACACACUAGCAUUAAGACCUAGACUGUGGGAAAAGCCACAAGGUGUGUUUUCUGGGCACCAUCCAGCGUUAGCAGGUCUAACCUUUGCCCAGGAUUGACCGCCAGAGAGAAAAUGAGGUUCCCCCAAGACGAAAACGCAUAGCUGGGAGUAUGGCCACCCUGCUCCACGAUGCAGUAAUGAACCCGGCAGAAGUUGUGAAACAGCGCAUGCAGAUGUACAAUUCGCCACACCCGUCGGCCCUCGGCUGCAUCCGUUCGGUCUGGAGGACCGAGGGCCCACGGGCCUUCUACCGGAGCUACACCACGCAGCUGACCAUGAACGUUCCCUUCCAGUCCAUCCACUUCAUCACCUACGAGUUCCUGCAGGAGCAGCUCAACCCCCACCGGGGCUACAACCCACAGUCCCACAUCGUCUCCGGCGGGCUGGCCGGGGCCCUGGCCGCGGCCGCCACCACCCCCCUGGACGUCUGCAAGACCCUCCUCAACACUCAGGAGAACAUGGCCCUCAGCCUGGCCAAUGUCAGCGGCCGGCUCACGGGCAUGGCCAACGCCUUCCGGACGGUGUACCGGCUCAACGGCCUGCCCGGCUACUUCAAGGGCAUCCAGGCCCGCAUCAUCUACCAGAUGCCCUCCACUGCCAUCUCCUGGUCGGUCUACGAGUUCUUCAAGUACUUCCUCACCAAGCACAAGCUGGAGAGUCGGGCUCCCUACUAAAGCAACGGGCUGUGGGCCGUGACUCCAGAAUCUUGUAUUUCUAAAAGGGUUUUCCCUGCCUGCUCCCCUUCCUGCGCCCUCCCAGCGGGAUUGUUUUUGCAGGGAGUUCUCAGGGGGUGGCCUUCCGUUCCCCCGACUGACGCCUUGGAGAGCGGAGAGGAUGGGACAGCCGCCUAGCAGAGGCUGUCCACCUACCGGAGGCCUAUCGAGGUGGUAGGAGGUGGGGAAAGGCUUUGGAAGGAGAGCAAGAAGUGGCUUUCUCUGUCCUCCCCUAAGAGGGGUGUAGCUCUCCUGCCUCCCCGUGGCAGGCCCCGCCCGCCCCUGGGGUCAUAGGUCACGCAGAGGGGGAGAAAGUGUGCAUGGCUGAGAACCAUGAGAGCGAAAAGAGCACAUUAUGUAUAUAAAAGUUCUAGGACACAGUAUAAAAUGGAUGGAUAAUGUUUUAUUCUUUAUUUUUCUACGUAGAGGUUUUUGGAUUUGUGUGUGUGUGUGUGUGUGUGUGUGUGUGUGUGCCUGUGUGUGUAUGGAUAAGUGUGACAGCUAGGGAUGCAAAGCUGAUUUUAAAAAAGAGGGCUGAAGUCUUCCAUUGGGUUAGG